AUGCCGCAGCUCUGGUCCUCCGUCCCAGGCGCCUCCCAUCCGCUAGCAAUCUCCACGCGCCUAGCGCGCUCUCGGGAUAUUACACUCGAUCCCUGUAUCCAGCUUCCACCCGACCAGGCAAUCUGGCAUGCUCUGCAUACCGAUAUGUACCGCAUCCGGUCCUUGUACGGCCACACGACGCACAUUGAAGACGACAACAGCGUCCUGGGCUGCCUGCAGUUCUCCGCGGAGCAGCUGGAAGUGCUCGAGCUCAAACUGUCCCGUGUAAACCCGUCCGUCCCGACCAAGGUUACACAGCCUGUUUUCUUCCAGGACCACGCACCGCUCCUCAGGAUACUGAUUCUUCAGUCCGUGCCAUGGCUCCACGAAUCGCUUCUCAACACUCACGCGCAGGGGCGCAGAUGCCGACCCUCAGUUCUGGACUUCCCGCGCCUUCGCCGUCUCGCCGUUGCUGACGUGCCCGCCGCAUUCGGGUCGAACUUUAUCUCGGCGCGCCUCCCCACAUCCAUGGAGCUGUACCUUUUUGACAUCGAGCGCGGGCCCAUCUCCGACCUCGCGUUCCUCCGCUCUGAGUCGAUGAGCACUCUUCCUCUGCUCGCGGGGCUCACAAGGCUGUCGCUCGCCAUCGCCGGUACGGAUGGUACCAUCGCAUUCUUCGUCACUGCGGCCGGCUCUUCGUCUGCGUUCCACGUCGAUUGGGAGGUGGAGCCGUCGUUGACCGUCGCUCAGCGGCGCAAUGGAUGGGUGGAGUUCCUCCUAAGCCUGCUACCUGCGACUUGUAUUACAGAGCUCUGGAUAGACCGCUGGCAGUUUCGUGACGACGAUCUCGAACCACUGUUCCGCGGGCUUCCAUCGCUGAACAGCGUGGUUAUAAAUGACGCUUUGUAA